GCAGCGGUCCGGGUCGCGCUCACUCAGCCACUGGUGCCGACCACAGUCCCACAGUUAAUACGUGUACUUUACUUGUUUAUUUUCUCUCCCUUUUAAAAGCCUUUUCUUUCGAAGCAGAGACAGUGAACUUGUCUGCAGUCGCUGACAGGACAGAGGACUUGUUUCCUUCGCUGAAAGCAAGGCGGUAAUUUAUUUUGAAAGUUGGAUUACAGCGGAGCCUCUUGAGCUGAGGGGAAAUAUUGGCUGCCAGAUGCUGCCCAGAAGAUGAGCAGCAGUGAAGUACAGACUGGAGGAAAUCAGCGGAAUCCCGGGCUGUCAACGGCAGUGUGGCAAGCGUAGAUAAACUCUUCCCCGUCCUGCAGUAUCCCCUUCCAUCGCCAACACCAGGAAGAAGGGAUGUCUCGGCUCUUCCUCGUUUUGGCCAUGUUCAUUGUGUCGUGCAGCAUCCAGGUGUCCUCUGCUGCUACCCUGGAUAAGCUGAAGGAGAGUUGGAAAUUGUACAUGGAAGAGUGUGAGCACAACAGCAGCCGAGACCCACCGAGCACUGGCCUCGUGUGCAACAGGACUUUUGACAAUUAUGCCUGUUGGCCUGAUGGACUCCUCAACACCACUGUCAGUGUGGCAUGUCCGUGGUAUCUGCCGUGGUAUCAUAAAGUUCAGCAUGGCAUGGUGUAUCAGGAAUGUGAUGCAAAUGGCCAGUGGGUGACUACAAAGAAUACCAGCGAGUGUGACUCUAAUGAUCCAAGUCAGCAGUACUACGGCCAUAUUCGGAUCAUGUAUACAGUGGGCUAUUCCUUAUCACUGGUGGCUUUGGUGUUGGCACUUGGCAUCCUCAUAUUCUUCAGGAAACUGCACUGCAUGAGGAACAACAUCCACAUGAAUCUCUUUGCCUCCUUCAUCCUGCGAGCGCUGUCGAUCCUCAUCAAAGAUGCUCUGCUGGUGUCCAACAUCACAUCGCAGGACCUCAGCGGAGACCAGGAGCAGGGAUUCCCCCAGGCAUCUAUGCCUCCAGUGGAGCUGCUGGUCAACAAUGGGACAACGGUUAGCUGCCGCAUUGCCGUGGUGAUGAUGCAGUACAGUAUCAUGGCCAACAGCUACUGGCUGCUGGUGGAAGGCAUCUACCUCCACAACCUCCUGGUGAUCACUGUGUUUACGGAGAGGAACUACUUCAAAAUCUACCUGUGCAUUGGCUGGGGUACCCCAUUAAUAUUCCUUGUGCCCUGGGUGAUAGCUAAAUACCUGUAUGAAAAUCAAGAGUGCUGGGAGCAAAACAUAAACAUGAAUUACUGGUGGAUCAUCCGUUCUCCGAUACUGCUGGCAGUUGUGAUCAACCUCCUCAUCUUCAUCCAUAUCAUUGAAAUUCUUGUGUCAAAACUUCAAGCGCACCAAAUGAGAUACACAGAUUACAAGUUCAGGUUGGCUAAAUCGACUCUAACCCUGAUCCCUCUGCUGGGCAUCCAUCAGGUGGUCUUUAUCUUUGUGACAGACGAAUCCACCAAGACCACCAUCGGCCUGCGCCUCACCAAGCUCUUCAUCGACCUCUUCCUCUCCUCCUUUCAGGGACUCUUGGUGGCCAUCUUGUACUGUUUUGUCAAUAAAGAAGUGCAGUCAGAGAUUCUGAAGAAGUGGAAGCGCUGGAAGCUAGGGAGGAACAUCGAGGAGGAAUACCGCCACACCUACAGCAAUACGCCCAACACGAAGACAGGCAGCCUGUUGAACCACGUCUCUCGAUUGCCUCACCUCCCGGACAUCGCCAAAACCUCUGCUCCAGUCUGCAGCCCCGAGGAGAGGCACAUGCUUGUGGCUGGCUGCCAUAACGGUAUGGUCCACGUUAAGGAGGUGGGCCAUUGCACCUCUCCGCUGCACGAGGGAACCAUCAGCAAUUGCACCCUGGUGGAGGACAUCAGCCUUACGGACAAGGUGCAGUGCUAUGAGGUUCAGAGAGAGAACGAGCCACCUGCGAAAGACACUGGGAACGAAAACUUGGUGAAAAAAGCUGGAGGGCUUUGAGCUCUCACCUGUCUCUGACAUAACUGCCCUGGGUGGCUGUGAAGAGCUGGGCUGAUAGAGUCAUUCUGUCAGAGCGGUCUUUUGCUCAGAGAUCAGUGUCACUGGGAGACCGAGCAGCACUUAGCCCUCUCCUCAGCUUGAGAAUGGAGAACAAUAUGGCAGACAUCCACGCUGAGGGGUCUAAUCUGCUGUGAGCUUUGUGAAUGGAUUUCCUUAGGUGUUUGUCAGACAGUGUAAGAAACUGCUGCAUGUUGAACGAUGCAAUAACAGCAUCUCAAGGCAACCCAUGUACAAUAAUAUGGAGAAAAACCCUGAAAGCUUAAACAGCAACAACGGCAACAAAACAAAACAACAACAACAACAACAACAAAAAAGACACAGGGUCCUUGCUUGAGCCUCUGCUUUAAUUUGCGCUUUGCAUCAAAUGUGUGUUUUGUGGUACUGGAGGUUAAAGACAAACUGGAUGUUGAACUGCAUACACAAAAAAAAAGACCAAACAAGUGACACAAAACAAGAGCGUAGGGAACAGGGGAGAGGAGACUACUUUUUUUUCUUUGCUUUGCUCUGAUAUUUGUAAAUGGUUUUUGUCUAUACUGACUUUGAUGAAAAUGUACAGAAAAAAAGAAGAAAGAUUCUGUUGACUGUACCUCAUACAGUAAAGUGACCACAGUGUUGUUCAAGUGGCCCCAUUCAGGGCCCAUGGGAAACUGGCAGCUGCUCUCACCAGGUCAUUCCUGACUUACACAUAGACCUUAAAGCAGGUCAAGAGAUGGCAUGGGAUGAAUUAUAAAUAAGCUAAAAAAUUAUCAUCGCUUGACUUACUUUGGUGUUUUACAAUAAAAAUAUAAUUUUUAAUAUAGGUCUAAACCUUGGAUAAUGCUGAGUGCUACAGUUAUCACUGUGUACAUGUGCCAGGUGUGUUUUCAAGGGGAAUAGUUGCCAUUAAAUAUGUUUUCUUUCCCCCUUUCACCAUCAAGAAAUUGUCUGACUCACACGCCUUGGUAUACAAUAUGAACUUCUACACAGUAGCCUACUCAACCCCUGAGAUGGAAGCUGAUAGGGGGAGAGAACUGUGCACUCAAAUCAAGGAUAAAAAUACACAGCAUAUAGACAUGACCUGUAAAGGCACGCAUGCAUAAAAUAUGAAUCCAACAGUGACUCAAAAUAGCAUGUCACCUCUGGCACAAGGGUGUUUUUUGUGAUGCUUAAUAUAUGUGCAUGCAAGAUUGCGCAGAUUUAGUGAACUUAAGCUGUAAGUUGUGCGUGCCGCAUGGUGCCAUCACAUCUGUGCAAGCGCCAAAAAUGUCAGUUAGAUUGUGCUGAUGACUGCAUGUGCCCAGUUACUCUACAGACAGUGUUUUCAGUAUUCAGCCAUAUUCUGUGUCUGCAGCUGCUGUGGACACUGAACAAAACUCUGUGCUCUAAAGGUAGAACAAAUCCUCUCUGAUAAACAUGCUAGUGACAAAGAAAGCUAAAUUAGCAGUAGUGGUACAUUUGCUUCUGAAUACAUUGCAUUAUUAUUAUUAUUUUUUUUUUAAAGGGAAGCUUUUUUUUUUAAAAAAAAACAGUUAACCUUUGAGUUGCUAAACAUUUUGCCAGAACUAACUCAACUUGACUUUUGUAUGUAUGACUAUUUGCACAAUGUUAAUUUAUAAUUGCUCAAUACUGUGUGUACAUAUGUGUUCAAACAGGUGAUUUAUUAGAUUGCUGUCAAUAUAUUUCAUGAAUGUGUCCCUGUGUAUGUAUGUAUGUGUGUGUGUGUCUGUGACAGUAUAUUUUCAGGUGGGUAUGUAUGAAUGUGUAUAGUUUCAUUAUUCAAGAUUUGUGUAUGUGUUACAGUAGGACAAAUCACUGGCUGCAGCCAGAGGAGCAGUGGGUUGAUAUAAACCAGUGCAACUGGCUUCACACAGAGCAUCGAGGUCAUAGGUCGAUAUGAGUCAGUCCCACUCUAGUAUGUGCGGUAUCACACCACAGGAUAUUCCCAGAAUUCAUGCCUAUAUAAGGCAUGAGGAAGACACAGCUCUGUUUUAUUAUGGAAGCCAGUCUCAGUGUCAUUUUGUUUUUCAGAGUUAAAUUGAAGCACAACAGGGGCGUGUUUGUCAUUCAGACAAUAGUUCUGUGCAUUUACACUUCAGCCAGGUGCUGGUGUUGAGUCUGUAAAAAAAUUGCAGAAUGGGGCUAUUUUUCAUCAACAUCUGCUUAGGAUUGAAAUAGAGCAGGUAAUAGAUAUCCAGUACUCAGAAUUGAGCUGGGCGCAUGACGCACACCACGGCGCUGCCAGUGCUCAGAUGUGAAUUUGCAGUGUUUUUCUUGUUUUGCAGAGCAGGAGAAAUAGUUCGAUACUGACACGGCAACAAAGGAAUGUUAUACACCUUGAGUAAAAUAGAAUUCAAUAGAGUUUAUAAGUAUAUUGCUGAUUUUUAUUUCAAUCGAAAACAUGUAUUUUAAGCUGUGACCAUUACCAUGUAUGUUUUUUGAAACCAGCAGCUUGGGUCACUCCCCUUUCUGGACCAAAGUGGUUCUUGUCUGAAUGUAUUCUUUAAAAAGGCCUAAAUCAGUAUGUCCUUUUUUCUUUUCUCUUAAAGGUGGUUAUGUAGAGUAUAUUUGGUGUGAGAAGCCAAUCAGUAAAAACUGUGUUAAGGUGUAUACAGUUCAUAUUGUGUCCACUUAUCAAACCUUGUCCAAAUAGUGAAAGAAUAAAUUACAAUGUAUGUGAAAGACUAUUUUAACUUUGUGUUUUUUUGUAUUGGUGAACAUUCAUGGUGUUAAAAUAAAUAGAAGAAAGCAUGUCCAGA